ACUCCCGUACCCCCACUCAAUGAUUUCUCGAUCUUUGGAGCCUUGUAUCUUCCCGCCUUUACAAGCUUGGAACUUUAGAGCGUAUCUAUUUAUAUUUUCUCUAAUUUUUCUAGUCGUUAGGAGCAAAUUUCGAUCCCUAAAUUUUCCACUUUCGGUUUCGCAUUAGGGUUUCUAUAUCCCCAUUGAAAGAACCAUGUCGGGUGAGUUAAGCUGGAGGCACCAUGUCAUAAUUCAAGCUCUGUUAUCACGUGGACCGCUCAAGGAGAAGGACUUUCACUCCAUGUUCGAGGACCUCACCAAGAAAAACCCAGGCACCGAUCGCCAGCUAUUCGAUGGAUUUGUUCUGAAAAUAAACAGGGCGCUUACUUGUAUUAAUUUUGAGUUGCGUGGCUGCAUAGAUCAAUAUGAUGGCCAAGUUUAUUAUGGAGUGGUCAAUACUGUUUCGGAUGAACAAUCCAAGCUGGGUACAAAAUAUACAGUUCCGCAAAUUGCUUUCUAUAAGGCCAUUAUUGAAGCAUUAAUUCAAGAUGCCACUGCAAAUGGUGUUAUUUCCAGCAUUGCUGCUCUCAAUCUUAAUUUGGAUAGUCAGGUUACAAUUGUGACAGAUCCACAAUCUCAAGGAAGCCAGCCACGUGUCCCACCGGCAUUGAAGAAUUUCUGUUUCUCUCAAAAGGAAAAAACACUGCAUGAACUUGUGAGGGAUCAGUGGCUUAAUUUGACCACGGAUGGUGAUAUUAAACUUGGUGUGAAGUCAUUCCUUGAUCUUCGCAAUUGGUUUCGAAAUAAUGAUGUUCCAUCCUGUCAAGUUUGCAAUGAAGCUGGAAUAAAGGCAGAGUUAUGCAAAAAUGAAAAUUGUGCUGUUCGAAUUCAUCACCACUGCCUGAAGCAACUUUUCUCGCAGAAGAAGGUUGCCAAAGGUUGCCCAAGUUGUGGCACUUCGUGGCGAUAUACAGUAAUCAAGGCUGAAGCUGUUCAGACUGAAGAUGACAAUGAACCUAGAGGAAGACAACGAGCUACUGGUUCUAAUGGAAAGAGGCAUAGAGCCAAUAGGAUUGUGGAGGAUGGAGAAGCCGUUCAGACUGAAGAUAACAAUGAACCUAGAGGAAGACAACCAGCUACUGGUUCUAAUGGAAAGAGGCAUAGAGCCAAUAGGAUUGUGGAGGAUGAAGAAGUUGGAUGCAGCAAUCAGGGUGAGCAAAGCCAGCAUGGUAAUGGAUUGACACGAAAAAGGAGUAGAGCAUGUAAAACUAAUGAUGCAAAUAUAGGAGGACCAAGUACAUCUCAAACCUCGUCAGCUAUUCCUGCUUUAAGAAGAGUAACUCGAAGUUCUGCUGGUCUGAUGUAAAUCAACAAUGGUGCUGUUUUGCUGCUAAUAUUUUACAAUUUUUGCUUAACUUAAUGAAUAUGUGAAUGGACUUUUGUACUGAUGCCGUUAGCUAGUUUUCAGUGACUAUUCCAAAAUCAGCAAUACACUUAUUAUUGUAGAUUGA